UGUGUUCUCUCCUGUGUGAACGGGGACCUCAUGAAGAUGAUUCGUGGGUCGCUCCGCCUUAUUUAUUUCAUAACAACGUCAAAUAUCAAGGAAAUAGCCUUACACCGACAACCGUUUUGCAACUACUAUCUCUCUCGGAGAAGGGCUGCUGCGACUUGCGAUAUGGGAGUCAAAGUUCAUAUCAUCUACUGCGGUGGAUGAGGGUACAGGCCCAAGUUCACCAGACUCAAGACACAGCUUGAGGAUGAAUUCCCAGGUGAUCUUGAGAUUACUGGUGAAAGCACACCUUCAACCUCUGGGUGGUUUGAGGUGGAGGUGAAUGGCAAGUUGGUCCACUCAAAGAAGGAGGGGUCAGGCUUUGUGGACAACGAGCAGAAAAUGGCAACAUUGGUUGAUGCCAUUGAUAAGGUGUUGGGGAAAUAAGAUAGUGCUGAUUAUGGAGUCUGAUCUCUUUGUCAUCUCCUUGACAUUGCAUAAUGAUGGUGGUGCUCCAAUUGUCAAAGACAUGGGUGCUGCUUGAUGAAACCUGCUCUGCCAGGGAGGUGCCCUGCAGGUUGCUUCAACUCCUACAGUAGCAUUGCUUUUGUAAGAUGGUGGGUGAUAAAGGGAGAAUAUACUGUUUAUUUGUCAUUGAAACAUAACAUUUCAAUUGAGCUUCUUACAUUGUUCCAUUAUUUGUACUUUUAGGCAUGGUCAAGCUUUAAAACAUUUAACAUUGUAUGUAUCUUCCCAAAUGUUGAUGCGACUAUGAAAUGCAAGUUCUGAACUUAUAUUUUCUUUUAUAUGUCCACUUUCUUCUCUUAGUUUGUCUGUUUUUUAAAAAGGCCUGACGUUUUGAUUAAACAAGGAAAGGAAGACCCAACACCUCGACAAUAGAAAUGCAUAUUGCAAUGUCCAGUAGACUAGUGAGUGACAGUGACACCCUUGGUAGACAUGCCUCAAUGAAAGUUAUAGAGCUGCACUGUCUGGUUCUUGAGUGUCUUUUUUCUAUGACAGAUAAAUAGGAUACAUUUUCAUCUUAAACAGCAUCUAUUUAGUGUAAAAACAAGACUUUUAACCAUUUAGUGUUACAUUCAUUUGGGGUUUUAUACACAUUUCUAUAAACAUUACAGUAGUUUUAAUCUACAUUCAAGAUUGGUGUUACAUGUACCUUCUCUUAAACUAGAUCAUGUUUAAUGCAUAAUGAAAGUUGAAACUGAAAUAUUUGUCAGAUGUGAUAUCUGAGACAAGCAUGUGAAACAUGAUCCCCUUCCCUGGGUAUGGUAGAUACCAGUAGGUUGUGCACUUGUUAGAGGAGUAUACUAAGUGUACAAAACAUUAAGGACACCUUCCUAAUAUUGACGCCAAUGCUUCCCACAGUUGUAGUAAGUUGGCUGAGUGUCAUUUGGGUUUUGGACCAUUCUUGAUACACACGGGAAGCUGUUGAGUGUGAAAAAUUGAGCAACGUUUCAGUUCUUGACACAAACCGGUGCGCCUGGCACCUACUACCAUACCCAUAUCAAAGGCACUUCAAUCUUUUGUCUUCCCCAUUCACCCUCUGAAUGGCACACACACAAUCUAUGUCUCAUGUCUUAAAUUUGUAAUUUUUUUUAACAAGUCUCCUCCCCUUCAUCUACACUGAUUUUGAAAUGGAUUUAAUAAGUGACAUCAAUAAGGGAUCAUAUCAUUCAACUGGUUAGUCUUUGUCCUGGAAAGAGCAGGUGUCCUUAAUGUUUGUACACUCGGUGUAUAAUUGACCCUACCAAGAUGGCACAUGUCCAGACACAUUCUCAUUUUCACAUGUCUAUCCAUCAACAAACUUCAGUGAUAUUUUAUUAUAAAUGUGAUUCUUCAAGGUCCUAUGAUGUAAUCUUCUAUAUCCAACCCCUCAAUAAAAGUUAGGUUUUCAUUA